UAUUACACCACAAAAAUGGCCAUACUUGCGGACAUAGGUUUUCCGAUUGUUCUAAUUUCACUCGCCUUUCUUUGGUUUUGGUGGUGCAAUAGAAAAUCAUUACACAUAGAUUGGCCUGUUUUCGGAAUGUUCCCAGGGCUCCUCCGAAGCUUACAUCGUGCCCACUCUUCCAUCACAUACAUUCUUCAGCAAAGUGGCGGCACAUUUCUGUUUAAAGGGCCCUGGUUCAGCCGCAUGGACUAUCUGGUCACGAGCGAUCCAGCGAUCGUUCACUACACUCUGAGCAAAAACUUCGCCAACUACCAAAAAGGAGCCAAUAUGAAGCAGAUUUUCGAGGCUCUCGGUGAUGGGAUUUUCAACGUCGACUCGGAUGAAUGGAAGUUACAAAGAAAACAGAUUCACUCUGUAAUUCAACAUAGGAGCUUCGAUGGAGCCGUAAAAAGAGUUCUGGAGGAGAAGAUCUUGAAUGGGCUGUUCACAGUUUUGGACAAUGCUUCGGAGCAAGAAUGUUCGAUUGAUAUUCAAGAUGUGUUUCAGCGGUUUAGUUUUGAUUGUAUUUGUAUGUUGGUUCUCAACUAUGAUCCCAAGUGUGUGUCUGUUGAUUUUCCUCAAGUUCCGUUCGAAAAAGCUUUCGAUACGAUUGAGAAGGUUAUAUUUAAUCGUCACGUCGUGCCGAUGAGCGUGUGGAAGUUGCAGAGAUGGUUUCAGAUUGGUGAAGAGAAGAAGAUGAGGAAAGCUUGGGAGACCUUUGAUCAUUUUGUGGAGCAAUGCAUUUCAAGAAAACAAGAUGAGUUAAUAAACAAUGCUCAAAUGGAAACAGAGAAUUUCGAUUUGCUAACAUAUUUUUUGACAGAGUCCACCACAACCAGGUCUGUUAAUGUGCGCCAUCCUGAGGAGGAAGAUGAUAAACAUAGAGAAAGAGCGAAAUCAAAAAAAUAUUUGAGGGACAUGACAUGUAAUCUAUUGCUAGCAGGAAGAGACACAGUGGGAGCUGGACUUGUGUGGCUGAUUUGGCUAAUUGCAACACACCCUCAUGUAGAGAACAAGAUUUUAGACGAAAUCAAACCAUGUUUAAAAGGAGCUAACCGUAGUAGUGUCUUGGUCAGUUUCGAAAAGCUCAACAAACUAGUGUAUCUUCAUGCGGCCAUAUGCGAAACAUUGCGGUUAUAUCCCCCGAUUCCUUUCGAGGUCAAAGUACCAAUCGACGAAGAUAUUCUCCCGGGGGGUCACCGUGUUUCUAGCAAUAUCAAGAUUCUUUAUUCGCUAUACUCGAUGGGAAGGAUGGAAGAAAUAUGGGGCAAAGAUUGCUUGGAAUUUAAGCCGGAAAGGUGGAUUUCUGAAAGAGGAGAAAUCAAGCAUGUGCCUUCUUAUAAAUUCUUGGCUUUCAAUGCAGGGCCGAGGAGUUGCUUAGGUAAGGAUUUAGGGUUGAUGGAAAUGAAAUUAGUUGCUUCUUCUAUUUUAUGGAAUUAUUGUAUUCAAGUUGUUGAGAAUCAUCCGGUUAAUCCCAGUUUGUCGAUGGUACUUUAUAUGAAGAAUGGUCUCAAGGUUAGGGUUUCUAAAAGACAUGCUCCUUCGGAUUGA